AUGGCUAAAUCAAACUCCACAGAAAUGGAAAAGAAACAAGGAUUCUUCUCAUCACUACGAGACGAAGUCGUGAGAGGCCUUUCACCUUCUCGCUCCAGACCACAGCGUUCUCGCUCCGCGAGCCCAUCCCGCUCGAAUUCGCACAUGUCAGCUCUUCUCUGGGGCCGGAAGAAACUAAUCGCAAGCUCCGGCUGCAGCGGCGGCGGCAGCAGCGGAUAUUACCUAGCGACGCAACCGGAGCCGUUGAUUGGAAGAUCCGGGAGCUUAAGACCCGUAAUGGAAGGUCCUGAUCCGGACGAUAACGACGGAAACGGAAGUGGAAGCGUAGUUUCAGGGGAUUCGAAACGUCCCGGGUCGGGUCUAGGUCACUGGGUGAAAGGUCAGCUGUCACGUGCUCCCUCCGUGGCUUCCACGUCCGCUCAUCGGAGGUCCGAUUUGAGAGUGCUUCUCGGCGUCUUGGGAGCUCCUCUCGCUCCCAUUCACGUCUCUUCCUCCGAUCAUCUCCUCCACCUCACACUCAGAGAUUCUACCAUUGAAACUUCAUCUGCUCAAUACAUACUGCAACAGUACACGGCGGCUUGCGGCGGUCAGAAGUUCCAAAGCUCCAUUAAAAACGCUUACGCUAUGGGGAAGCUCAAGAUGAUAACUUCAGAGCUCGAAACUCCCACAAGAACAGUUCGGAAUCGAAACCCUACAAAGUCGGAAACCGGAGGGUUCGUUCUCUGGCAGAUGAAUCCAGACAUGUGGUACGUUGAGCUCUCCGUUGGCGGUAGCAAAGUUCGUGCUGGCUGCAAUGGCAAGCUCGUGUGGCGACACACUCCUUGGCUCGGUUCUCAUACUGCUAAAGGACCGGUCAGGCCUCUUCGCCGUGCACUUCAGGGGCUUGAUCCGAGUACUACUGCUACAAUGUUUGCUGCGUCGAAGUGUGUUGGAGAGAAGAAAGUGAAUGGUGAAGAUUGUUUCAUUCUGAAGCUAAGCACUGACCCUGAAACCUUAAAGGCGAGGAGUGAAGGACCAGCGGAGAUCGUAAGACACAUUCUCUUUGGUUACUUCAGCCAAAGGACGGGACUUUUAGCUCAGAUCGAGGAUUCUCAGUUGACUCGGAUUCAAUCCAACGGUGGUGAUGCUGUUUACUGGGAGACGACGAUCAAUUCGUCUCUAGAGGAUUACAAACAAGUCGAAGGGAUCAUGAUUGCUCACUCUGGACGCUCUGUUGUCACACUCUUUAGAUUUGGGGAAGUAGCGAUGAGUCACACUAGGACGAAGAUGGAAGAGAGAUGGACCAUUGAAGAAGUCGCUUUCAAUGUUCCCGGUUUGUCUCGAGAUUGCUUCAUCCCGCCGGCUGAUCUUAGGUCUAGCUCACGAAGCGAGUCCUGCGAGUACCCGGAACAAGAGGAGAAAGGGAAGAGCUCGGUUGCGUUGGCUGCGACGGCUCGUAGAGCUAAAGUUGCAGCAUUGGAGAAAGGUCGGUUUGGCGAGAACCCGGUUUGGCAUAUCGAUGUUUGA